GCACAGUUUUUGUUGACCGCUCAAUAUGCUGAGUAUUGGAACUUUGGAUUUUAUGGACUAUUGGAACUUUGGAUUUUAUGGACUAACUAAAACGCUUAUUGGAUGAAUUGCAUGUAUAUUUAUUAUCGCCACCUUGCACAGAAGCACUUGCACUUUUCUAUCUGCUGUCCUGUUCAAGAAGGAUGUUUAUCUGCCCAUAAAAAUAAACAAAAGAAAUCGUAACCUCCAGAGCGGACAUUGAAAUUGUUGGUAGCGCGUCACUCAAGUGAAUCUCCCUUACUUAGCCUCUCGGCGACAUUCAGUUGUCGCCGCAAUAUUGUCAACAAAAAAGUGGAUCCGCGUUGGCCUAGUAAAUGCCAGACAUGAUGUGGAUAUGACUGAACGAAGACACUUGGAAUCAUCUCGGACUGAUCGUGAAAGCCAGAAGACUUCGCCAAGCGAACUCCAGACCGCUCUACCAUCAAAGCUCCGGUCCAAGCCCUCAGGAUGGACAACAUAACUAUUUUGCCUGCAGUGAAAGAGCUGUCUUUGGUUCGCAGAACAUUCUGAACAGCCGUAUAAUAAACUGAUUUAGCCGCACAAGAUGGGGAGAAACCUGUCCAAAUAUGCCCUCAUCUUCCUCGUCCUUGCGCUGUCAGGAGUCCUCUUCUUCUUGCGGAACAUUCACACUCUGGAGAGAUGGAACUGCCAGUCGGUGUCCUCUCUCUACCAGCUCCAGAGCAGCAUCAGUUCCGUCUUCAAGCCCUCUGGACCCUUCCUGGCUCUGGACCAGAAUCGCAGCUACUGUCCCAACCUGGGCCAGGAGGUGUCCGGAGAGGAGGCCCAUGAGGAGCGCUACCUCCUGGAGUCCAUUUCUUGGCCUGAGCCCCCUGCGCUGGGGGUGCCGGUCCGCCAGAGCAGCGACCCGGCUCGCAGUUAUUUUGUGAUCAAGCCGCCCACCAACAUCUCGGGCCAAGCCACGUGGCGGGUGGGCGGCAAGCUGGAAGUGCUGGUCCACAUACAGAACUUCCUGGGCCAGCCCAAGAGGUAUGGCGGGGACUUCCUGCUGGCCCGGAUUCGUUCCCCAGAGAUUGGUGCCGGUGCAUCGGGCCGGGUCGUGGACCGGCAGGAUGGCCUGUACGCGGUGGAGCUCCCUCUGCUGUGGGCGGGGGCCGCGCAGGUGGAGGUGACGCUGGUGCACUCAAGCGAGGCGGUGGCCGUGCUGCGGCGCUUGAGGGAGGAACCGGACCGCGUCCUCUUCAAAAGCCUUUUCCGCUCCGGCCUCCUGUCCGAGACCACCGUCUGCAACCUGUGCCUGCCCACCGGACCCCGUCAGCCGGCGCUGUGCAACUACACAGAUCCGCACACAGGUGAGCCUUGGUACUGCUACAAACCCAGGAUGCUGGACUGCGACACUCGCAUUAACCAUGCCAAAGGGGACUACAAGAAACACCUGCUCACCCCCACAGAGUCAAUGCUGUUCUUGAGCUCUACCAUCAAAGCUCCGGUCCAAGCCCUCGGAAUGUACAACAUAACUAUUUUGCCCGCAGUGAAAGAGCUGUCUUUGGUUCGCAGAGACCGGGCAAAGUUCCUGCCGUCUGGGUAUUACUACCAGGGUUCUUGGAGACCUUUAGCUGGAAUCCCAAUACAACAGUUCAAUGACUCCUCCACCAUUACUCAGUGUCUUCAAGGGAAACUGUUUUACAUGUAUGGAGACUCUACGGUUCGACAGUGGUUUGAGUACCUCAACGCCUUUGUUCCAGAACUGAAGGAGAUCAACCUCCACAGCCCAAAGAACGUGGGGCCCUUCCUGGCUGUAGAUAUCGUCCACAACAUCCUGCUGAAGUACCGCUGCCACGGCCCGCCCAUCAGCUGGACCACCGUCUCCACCAGCGAGCUACGCUACGUAGCUAACGAACUUGACGGCCUGCCAGGCGGCCAUGACACCAUUGUGGCUCUGAGCAUCUGGGCGCACUUCACCACAUUCCCCGUACAGGUAUACAUGCGGCGACUGCGUCAUAUCCGCCGCGCCUUAGCCCGCCUUUUGGACCGGGCGCCAGGCACGCUGGUGGUUGUGCGUACGGCUAACCCGCGGGAGCAGGGCCCGGAGGUCAGCCUAUACUACAGCGACUGGUUCUCCGUGCAGCUAGACUCUGUACUGAGGGCCAUGUUCCGCAGCCUGCAGGGGGUGGUGCUGCUGGACGCGUGGGACAUGACUCUGGCGCACCCAACCCAGCCCCACCUUGUGCACCCUGCCCGAAACAUUGUGAAGAACAUGAUCGAUCUCAUCCUGUCCCACAUUUGUCCAGCCAAACAGGAGAAGAAGAAGAGCUAGCCAGCAGAGGGAGGGGUGGGGGGUAGAGGACAGACGGAGAGAAAAGAGUUGAAGUGACAUUUUGGCAUGAGAAUACUACGGAGCCCUUAAAAGCAUAAAAGGUCACAAUCUUGAUUCUUUGAUCAGAAAUAAAAACAUCGGGUUCAGUGUGAGACUUGCUGGUUUUAGAAAAUAACAUAGCAACGGUUUUGGAAGUGUUAAGCUGAAGACAACAUUUGUUUAACCAGUCAGACACAUCAACCAUGAUCUUUGUAAGCUUAUCAGCGACUUCUACGAUAUUCUUACCCCACCCAAAGAUCACAGUGUCGUCUGCGUACAUCAGAACCUCACAGUCUUGGCAUACAGAUGGUAAAUCGUUAAUAUAAAGACUUAAAAGAAGUGUACCCAGGAUUGAACCUUGGGGAACACCUGUGGACAGAUUUUUGAAGUCAGAUAAUACAUUGUUUAUUUUAACACACUGAGUUCGCGUUGAUAAGUAUGAUUUGAACUAGUUGGAUGCAGAAGAAGAAAAGUUAAACUGAUCAAACUUAGAGUGAAGUAUGUUGUGGUUGACCGUGUCAAACGCUUUCCGGAGAUCUAGAAAUACUGCACCCACAACUCCUCCUCUAACCUUAAGGGACAUGACCCUUUCAAUAAAAUAGACCGUUGCAGUCUCGGUGGAGUGAUUUGAUCUAAAACCAUGCUGCAUGGGGUGUUAAAGCUGAUUAGAGUUAAGAGGAUAAAUUAGUUGCUCUACUGCUAAUUUUUCCAAAACUUUGGACAUUAUGGGAAGUAUACUAAUAGGUAUGUAAUUGGCUGCUGAGUGAUGUAGGUGAAACCGGGGUUGUUACAUUAGUUUAAUUAAAUCAGUCUCAUAAAAUGUAAUAAUCAUUAACUUUAGUAUUUAAUAUUUAUAAUUAAGUUACUAAAAUAAUGGGAAGCUCUAGUUGUACCACUAUGCUACAGUCUAAGUAUGGUAUCACAAUACUAAAGUACUAUAAUUUCAUUACAAAGUAUAUAACACUUCAUGAAACAACUAGAGAAGUGAAGGCAAUUGGAGUACUUGAUUGGUGGAAAAUGGCUUUCAGUGGAAUAUUGGGACAAUAACAGGGAAGACAAUGGUUUAAGUCUAAAAUAAACAAUUUAUUAAAAAUAACAAACAGUAAUUAAUGGCUAAUAUUAAAUCAGGUAUAAUCACAUAAACACUGGAGUAAAACAAUUGAACAAGGCACAAAGUGGAAUUGGGGAAUGAGGUAGUCUGUUUUAGGAAUGCAGAGGAGGAUGCGUUAGCUUCCUCGUCUCUGUCUGUGUGUGUGUGUGUGUGUGAGCGGGUGCGUGCGUGUGUGAGCGGGUGCCUGUGUGGGUAUGCGCAGUUGCGAGUAAACGCGGUCACGCGCUCAAUGGAGAUGGGGGAAGUGAGAGGGAGGCUAUGCGCAAGCGCAAGUAAAGAUACGUCAGGCCCCAACUAGAUGGAGAAUGGUCACCGGAUGCUGCUGCGGUUCCGAGAUAUGAACUCUAGCAUAUGUUUCUUAGGCGCCAAUUUAGUUGGGGGGAGGUGCGCAGAGUAAAGAAUGCCUGAACAAAGGGGGUCCAAAUGAAUACCCUUCCCCAUCAUUUUGUGCAUUGCCUACAAUUCUAUAUUUAUAUAUGAAAAUUUGCACAUUUAGAACAUAGUUUUGAGGACUACAUUGACCAUUUGAAUUCACGUCUAAAGGAAUAGUGUAAUUUCCCCGAGACAGUGACUGCCCCUCCACUUUGUUUUGGUGAGUUGCUUACUUUUUACUGACCUUAAACACACCUACCAAUUAUAAUUAUGCCUUUUCCAGUAGUACUGUAGCAAAUAGGAUAGCCUCCAAUGGAAAAAGAGCAAAUACCCAAAGCAUGUUUAUGUAAAUAUUUUAAUUAGAACAACUAAUGCUUUACUCAAACAAAUGACAGACUAUCCCUUCAAAAAAAAUUAAAAAUCCCUGUCUGGCCACUGCUUUCAGCAUGCCUUUCUGUCUCCCUUUGCUGCCUGCAUUGUGACCACAUGUCAUUAUGUUAUCAGAAGAACUGUGACUGACCUUCAUGAUCAUUUUGAUUUAUAUAUUCUGCUUUUAUUAGUAGUACUUUUAUUUAUUGCUGACAUGUAGGCCUAGAUUAAAACUAAUGUUGUUCAUUCACAUUUCUCACCUGAUCACCUGCAUGUGCCUGUCUGGCCACUGCUUUCAGCAUGCCUGUCUCUCUCCCUGUCUCUCUCCCUGUCUCUCUGUGCUGCCUGCAUUGUGACCACAUGUAAUUUUUUCAGAAGAACAGCGACUGACCUUCACAAUCUAUCAUUUUAUAUUCUGCUUUGAGGCUACUCGUUUUACUUGCUUACACAUUUAGCUCGGUAUCAGGUUACCUACUGUUCCAGUUUUCUCCACUUUUUAAGGUAACCUUAAUUCCUCCAUUACUCUACCUCCUCUCUACCAAGUUAACCAACGUUACUUUUUUUGCUCUCCACUGACUGACGGGAGGGGGGAACAAUUUAUUAAUUUAUUUUUCAUGCAUUUUUUUAUAUAUCCUCCAAUCACUGCUCCUUGGGAACAGCCUCUACAGAAGGGCAGUAUAUAAUGCCCUUGUACUGGCUGUGUCCAGUCUCCGCUGUCCUGAACUGCCUGCAUUUCUUGCUCGCGUUGUGAAGGUCCGUUUUCAGACCGGAGCAGAAACGGCAGAGGAGAGGCUGGCACCCGGAGCCUGUUGAGCAGCACCCAGCACAGGUCCUGAGGGUGGGCACGACCUCACACCUGGUGUUGCGACUGCGGACGAAACCAUCCUCUUCACCUGUGCCUGCGGUGCCCACGGUGCUGCCAGCCGGGUAGUACUGGUGAACUGGGCCUGGUUGAGGGGGGGUGCAGAUGGUGGGCACACAUAAGCAGGGUGGAGAGGGUCAGUCGCCACAGACAUGCGGUGGUCUGCUGCAUAACAGCCCCAUUGGUCAGAAUGCGCCGCCUGAUCCUCCUGUAGUCAUCCAGGAUGAGAUCUUAUCUGGACAGAGAGAGAGAACACAGCAGCCCGUAGAAAAGACAAAAACAUAUGCAAGUGUGAAUAUGUAUG